AUGGCGGAGGAAAUGCACAGAGAGCUUCGUGUGGUGAUAUUUCCGGGGCUUGCCCACGGUCACAUAACGCCCUUCGUGGAACUUGCCAAAGGCCUAGCCAGUCAUGCGGGGAUAAAUCUAGUGGAGUUGGCGAUGCCCUCGGUGCAGAGGCUACCAACAGGCAUAGAAACCUCCGCUGUACUACUGCCUUUACUCACAGUCGCCAUGGACCUUUUGGAGAAGCCCUUCGAAGUGCUCUUGCGAGAGCUGUCACCAGAUUUUGUGAUCUACGAUGUGAUGCAGCACUGGGUUCCUCGUGUGGCUAUCCAGCUGCCCAAUCCCAUUGUUCCCAUAUUGUUCGUCCCAUCAGGAGUGGCCAACUUUAGCUUUUUGGAAGGGCAGUUAGACAUCACAUCGGGAAACCUAACUACAGAGGAUCUGACCGUAUCGCCGCCCGGAUUCCCUUCACUCAAUGUUCACUUCACCUUGUUCGAAGGGCGAAGGGCCAUGGAGAUGCUAUAUCAGAAGAAUGCAGGCCGGCUUAGCGUCGCAGAGCGUGCCAGCAUUUGCUUGCGGGAGAGUUGGGCAGUGGCGUGCAAUACUUGUUUGGAAUUGGAAGGCGGGUACGUGGAGUAUUUUCAGAGGCUCGUGAAGCGGCCAGUGUACCCUGUUGGAAUACUCAUGCGUCAUCUCCUUCCACCCCGCAUUGAUGACAUUUGCUUGCAGUGGCUCGACAGGCAGCCCGCUGCUUCGGUGGUGGUCUUGGGUUUUGGCAGCGAGUACAUUCUCACCCGCCAACAGUUCGUUGCAAUGGCAAUGGGACUGCAAGAGAGCAACGCGUCAUUCCUCUGGUUUCUACGUGCCGGAAACGACUUGCUCCAACGUUUCCAAGAUCAGAUCAGGGUAUGUUAG